AGCUCUAAGUUGAUGUGUGAAGAUCCAGAUUGUUGGAUUACUCGACUCCCUCUGACCUCUGACCCCUCAGCUGCCAACUGUAGCAUCUACAGCCGAGGCGACCGGUUGUUCUGUAAGGUGACCAGGGAGCUGGCGGCGGGCGAAGGCCUCCUGGCGUCCCUGUCUCCUCCUCCUCCCGGCUCCCCCUCCUCCCCUCCUCUGGCCCAGCUCUCUCCUCCGCUCGGCCACGUUACCCAGAAUCAACCUGCGGUGAAGGAGGAGCCACCGUACCCGGCGACGCUGCGCUCCGACAUUCAGCUCCUCCCACAGCAAGCUGGCAUGGCCGCCAUCUUGGCCACUGCCGUUGUCAAUAAGGACAUUUUCCCGUGUAAGGACUGUGGCAUCUGGUACCGCAGUGAGAGGAACCUGCAGGCUCACCUCAUGUAUUACUGUGCCAGCCGUCAGAAGCAGCCGGCUGCAGCCUCGUCACCUCCGCAAGACAAGCCCAAGGAGUCGUACCCCAACGAACGCGUCUGCCCCUUCCCACAAUGCAACAAGAGCUGCCCCAGCGCCAGCUCUCUGGAGAUCCACAUGCGCACACACAGCGGUGAACGUCCUUUCGUCUGUCUCAUCUGCCUCUCAGCCUUCACCACUAAAGCAAACUGUGAGCGCCACCUUAAGGUGCACACAGACACGCUGAACGGCUUGUGUCAUGGCUGCGGCUUUGUCUCCACCACGAGGGACAUCCUCUACAGCCACCUGGUCACCAGCCACAUGGUGUGUCAGCCCGGGUCUCGCAGCGAGGUCUACUCCCCAGGGCCGGGACUUCCCAAGCUGCCCCUGUCCACGGGUCUCAGUCCAGGAGACUCCGGAGUGGUGCUGAAGUGUCAAGUGUGCGGCCACAACUCUGACUCUCCCGCCCAGCUUCAGCAGCACGUACGAACCCACCUCGAGGUCAGGGUCCCGGCCGAGAGGAGCCCCACCCCUCGCCAAAUCACCCCAUCGUUAGUCGACGCCCCUCAGCUCCAGCUGUCUCCAAACGAAAGGGAGCCACUAGCCUGUGUCCCUAAACCGGACUCAUCCAGCCCGGGCGCUAACGGCAGCUCAGCCACUCCCCGGAACUACAGUCCUCCUGCUGCAGCAAUCACUGAGCUGAAGAUAAAGGAGGAGCCGCAUUCAGACUCAGAGAUCCAACAAAUGGAGAUCACGGAGGAUGGAGAGGAGGAGGAGGAGGAGGCUGAUGGAGAGGGGGGGAACCGAGAAGACAUAAGGAAAACGACAGAGGGACACAUCGCCACUUCAUCUAGUCAGACGUCAGGCUCUCCGAAGAGUCCAGCCACCACCACCGUGAAGGCGGAACCAACGAGCCCCACUCCUGGUUCCAGCCCUGCGCCUGUAGGAGGUGCAGAGUCGGUUCUUCCCGGAGGAGCAAUGUUCUUGCCACAGUACAUGUUUAACCCUGAGGCGGCCAUUUUGCCCCAGGCCUCGGAAAUACUGGCAAAAAUGUCUGAGAUGGUCCACAGUCGUCUGAAACAGGGACAGCCGGCUCCUCAGAACAGCCCAGCAGCGUUUUUCCCUGCUGGUCCGACCGCAUCCACAGCCGCAGCCACUCCUCCUCACAAAGGAGCCACCUGCUUUGAGUGCGACAUCACCUUCAACAACAUCAACAACUUCUAUGCACACAAGAGGCUUUACUGCUCCAGCAGGCACCAAGCAGAAGGAGCCACCUCAGAUUCAGGCCCUGGAUUGACGAGGGAUGCAACCUCAGCCUCGGUGCCUUCGAGUGGAGCGCAUGGCUCCUCCGCCUCCCCUCAGGGCGGAGCAGCAAGUAGAGCUGCCUCGGCUUCUCCUGCGAACUCUGACUCUCCUGCUGGAGCGACAGAAACCAGGAGAGUGUUGGCGGUGAAGAUAGAAACUCCUGCAGUGAGAGAGGGAAUAUCAUCUUCUUCUGAAGGGGAAGGUGGGGCUACAAGUGCGGGAGGAGGGGGCGUAGGAGGAAGAGCAAGCGAAGGCAGCCAGAGUCCAGCGAGCGGUUCUGCCGAGGACCUGGAAGAUGAUCCCAACAGAACCUUCUGCGUGGCCUGCAACAUCCGCUUCAGCCGUCAUGAGAACUACACUGUUCACAAACGCUUCUACUGCGCGUCUCGCCACGACCCAUCCAACCACCGAUCCGUACACAUGGCCAAGGCGACCAGCGGAGCAGCCUUCCACCCUCAGCCCAUUCGCACACGUAAGAGGAAGAAGAUGUACGAGAUCCACAUGGCAAGAACUGAAGCUUUAGCUAAUGCUGCAGCUGCCGCCGCAGCUGCCGCUGCUUCUGCUGCUGCCUCUGCUCCAUCUCCCUCCGUUCUGGGCUUGGCAGUGAAGCAGGAAGUUUCUCCCAGUGCGGCGGGCAGCUCCAGCCCUGAAGGAGACGGCCCAAUGGACCUCAGCAAGAGGCCCCGCCUGAGAGAUGUUCCGCGGCACAGCAGCAGCAGCAUCCUUCCUGCCCUGCCUCUCACAGACUAUCACAAGUGCACCGCCUGCAGCAUCAGCUUCAACAGCAUCGAGAACUACCUGGCUCAUAAAACCUACUACUGCCCCGCCACCACACUCCAGCCCCACACCUUGGAGCAGCUUCACAGGCUCAAGAGAUCCGCCUCUACCUCUCCCAAAAGCAGGCCUCAGCAGGAGCGGCCGGAUCUUCUGCACCCUAUGGAGGCGAAGGCUCUCCCCGCCGAGUGGGUCGCUCAGACUCGAGGCUCAUCGUCCAGCCCUCAUCCGUCUGCCUUACCUGCCUCUGACGCCACAUCUCCUCCUCAUACGACCCCCAUGCUUGCAGCCACACCAGGAGCUGGAGCCAAAGGUGCAGGUGCUGGUUCUACUCAGGUGGUCUGCCCAUACUGCCCCAACAAACCCAUCGCUGGUGACCUUAUGGAGCACUUCAAGACGACCCACAGCCUUGUUGCGACCAUUCAGCCACCGCAGGAGGCCCUGCUGCAACCAGGCCGCGCAGUCAGCCGCAGCCCCAGCCUUAGUCCAAGAGACGGAGCUGCUGCGACCAUUUCCACAACCCCAAACAGCCAGUCCAGACUGGUGUCCAGGGUUCACAGAGACAGCAUCAACGGGCAGGCCAGGAGCGCAACCAAUUCUCCUGUUUCCCCGCUGGUAAACAGCACUCCUUCACCUGGGGGUACUUCACCUUCAGCUGGCUCCCCUCUGCCUGUGUCCCCCCCAGCGCCUCCCUCUCUGACUUUGUCACCUGUGCCUGAGGUCCUAAGAGAGACAGUGGGAUCCUCCCACCUUCAAGACAAGGCCACAGCGACCGUGAUCUCCAGUCACAUCUCCGCUCCCCAGUCUGCCCCGCCCCCCAUCCCCAAAACCACGGUGAUCUCCCCCGUCCAGAACGGUAACUCCCGCUUCUGUCGACUGUGCAACAUCAAGUUCAGCAGCCUCUCCACUUUCAUAGCUCACAAGAAAUACUACUGCUCUUCCCACAGUGCCGAACACGUCAAGUGAGCCGAGACAUUCUCGUCUUCCUCCUCCUCCUGCUUCCCUCCCAUUAUCUCUCUGAGCGGAGGCUUCCCUUCGCCAAGCUCCAAGCAGCUCGUCCCUUUGUGCCAGUCCUCCCACACGGGUGCCAAACUGGCGCUCAGCCGACGUGACUAUAAAUGACAAUGAAUGACUGUUACUCACCUGGCGGGGCCCGACGCCCCGGCUGCUGCAGGUGGUGUUACUAACAUACAGUGAUAAUCCUCCUUAUAUGGGUCAAAGUUUGUAGGACACUAAGAGCAGAGACGGACGCAGCUCACAGUGGUGAACGUCCUGAGAUCGCUCUCUGUCUUCAUACCCAACUCAACAUCUCCCGCUCCCAGGCCUCAUUGUAUGUUGCAUUAUGGGACGUUAAAAUGUGUGUUUAUGAUGGUAGUGAUUAGAUUCUGACUGUUUGACGGAGACGUUCGUCUCUGACGAUCUCGCAGUAACGAUGAUGCUGAUUCGAAUCUUUCCGGAGCUGAGGUGUCGUUUCUCUUUGACGGAAAAGACCUGAUCAUUGUUAAUUUUUUUUUUUUUAAGACCUGUGCAUAGUGUAUGAUGUCUGAAAAAAUAAUUCUAUGAUGCUUUUGGUUUCAACACUGGCUCUUUUUUGUUUUUUGUUGCUAACUAUAGAAGCUAAAGUGUCUUUAGCUGAAAACAGAUGUUAUCACGAUGUUACUAAUUACUGAAGGGUGAUAUUUCCAAAUGGACGACUUUUCCUCUCUUUCUUUCAUACACACAAAUUUUUAUUUUCUCUUUAAAACACAAGGGAGAAGAAAUGUGAAAUAUUUAUCUUUUAGUCCUCACUGAUUUCAUGUCAACAGAAAACUACCUAGUGUCUGAGAGUAUUUGUAUUUUUUAUUUGUAUAUUUUUCAUACUGUUGGAAGGAACCGUUCGGAGCCGGCUGUGUUGAAGUGUAUUUUCUAAAUGUAGAUAUGUAAUAUCUUCUCACAGUAAUCACACUGAACUCUGUUAACACGCUAGCAUCUCGUGUUUUGUUCAUGUCUUUAAUUGAUGCUAAGACCUGUGGACCGGUGGAGUGUUUAUUUUUAUCCCUUCUUGUACUUCGUUGACUAGCAACACGAUCAGAACAGCUUCCUCGCUCUCAGCUUCUCACAUCAGGUCGCAGAGAGAGUUUCUGACACAGGGACGAUGCAGCUCCUCGAAUAUUAAGGUACAAAAAAAAAAAAACCCACACAUUUCGAUCCUUAGUUACUCGCUUUGACACCGAGCGUUUGGUUUACAGACGUGAACAUAAAACACAUCAGUGCUUUGGCUUCUUCUUAAUUUCUGUUUGAUGAUUGUAUUUCUGUCCGGUGAUGAAGGCUCAGCAGGGAAAAGUCACGUGUUAGAGAAACAGCUCACACAGACGAGUAAGCACAUGUGUAAUAACCACACCCACACACACACUCGCACACAGUUUACGCCACAGUUUUCCCAUGAUGCUUUUGGAGUUGUAACACAGUGUUAGUCAGAACUGUGGAACUCGUGUUUUUAUCCUAAAGCUAAAAACGAAAAUUGUUUUUUUUUUUUUUUUUUUUUUUCACAAAUUCUGAGAAGUAAACAUUUCCUGCAGGAUUUGACUGUUCAACAUGUGAGACACUAAAACUUUCAAACACGCAGCUGUGAUGCUCCGCAGUGGAGGACGUGGACCAGUCAAUAUUAGAAUUCAUCGAUUACAGGCUAACGUAACGGUAAACGUACAAACCCGGGACGUAUCUGGACUUUAAUCCAGCUGAUUUGUCUUUUGUUUCUGUCGUCGCUGUAGAACCCAGAUCAAUAUUCAGUCUCUUAGCUCUUAAGCAGCUAAAUGCUACGUUCACCUGCUGCUGGAAAGUUAAUUCACGAGAGACACAACAAUCGAAACAGUAAAAUUACAACAAAUGAAACCAAAAUAAUCCGAUUCAUGCAGUUUUAAAGAAUCCAGAGUUAUCUGAUAUUAUAACGUCGGGUAUUUUAGUGCCACUUCACAAACUAUCACAUUAUUUAGUGUAAAGUAUUUUUACAGUUUUACGCCAUUAGCUCUCAGAGACUGUAAACAAAGAUGGACGACAUGUCUCCUCAUCCUGCGAUCGUACAAAAUGGAGCUAAAAUAUCUCGGAUACAAAAGCGGCCAUCUUUGUUCUUAUGACGUCAUUUCGAGCAAAAAUCUUGUGGCACCAAGGCCCCGCCCACACACACGCUCUCGACCAAUCACGAUCUGCUUUCAGCUGUCAAUCAUGAUCUUUCAAAUAACUAAUCAAAACUGAUCAGAAGCACGAAGACGAACAUCAGCGUGAUAAGAAUUAACAAAACCAUCUAAUAUUUAUUUAGAUUUGGUUUUUUUUUUUUGAAUGGUCCAUGUCCUAUCUGCUAACAUGGAGGAGGUGAGGUUUAUACUGCAGCCAGCCACCAGGGGGCGACUCAGAGUCAUGUCGUCCAUCUCAACUCCCCACCGAUCUGUGAACGUUCGCCUGAGCUCUGUUUCCACGACUGGUUGAUGUUCGUUCUGCGACAGUUUGAAGUUUUUACCCGACACAUGUUUACAGCUGUGCUGGUUAAUCUCUCGGUUCUAAAAGGGAGAGAAGAAGAAGAAGAAGAAGAAGGAGAAGAAGAAGAAGAAGGAGAAGAAGAAGCAGAUUGAGGAACCUGCCCCCCCCCCCCUGUUUAUUGCACUGUGUUGUAUAAAAUGUGCUUAAUGUUUUCAGUUUUUUUGUAAUAUAUUUAUGUUCUGUAGCACUUUCCCCCUUUUUCUAAACGCAUCAUGGUUCCAGCUUGAAGGACUUUGUUGAUUCACCAUCGCUGAAACUUUCUGAAAUGUGUUUUGUUGAUGAUUAAUCUCGGACGUCCACGAUGGAUAAAAUCACAGCGAGUGUCAAAACUGUUAUUUUUCCAUAUUUUUUCAUUUCAUUUCAGUUCCACUACACUCUUGUCCAAACUAUGCAUGGGAAAUAAAAAAAAAGCUCUGAGAGACACUGA